GCUCUAACGGGGAAAGUGAGCGGGACGUGUGGAGCGUUCCUGGGGACCUGGAGAGAAACUUGCUGCCCAGAAGGACAUUUUGGAGGUCCUGUUGCCUGGAAAAGGUGGCUCUGGGAUCCCACUCCUAGAUCUCUAUUGAAGAUUGGAAACGAAUUAAAUUAGGGCCAUGGGGACAUAUAAGGUCACGGCGCCUCUGAUCUUUGCCAUCUCCAUUGCUACAAUAGGCUCUUUCCAGUUUGGCUACAACACUGGAGUCAUCAAUGCUCCGGAAAUGAUCAUAAAGGACUUUCUCAAUUACACUUUGGAAGAGAAGUUGAACAAGCACCAUGAUGAGGUGUUACUCACGUCCCUUUGGUCUUUGGCUGUGGCCAUCUUCUCCAUCGGUGGUAUGAUCGGCUCCUUCUCCGUUGGACUCUUUGUCAACCGCUUUGGCAGGCGCAAUUCAAUGCUGAUUGUCAACCUGUUGGCGGUGGCAGGUGGCUGCCUUAUGGGGUUCUGCAAAAUAGCAAAGUCGGUUGAAAUGCUGAUCCUGGGCCGAUUGAUUAUUGGCCUAUUCUGCGGCCUCUGCACAGGUUUUGUGCCCAUCUACAUUGGCGAGGUCUCACCUACUGCCCUGCGGGGGGCCUUUGGCACUCUCAAUCAGCUGGGCAUCGUCAUCGGGAUCCUGGUGGCUCAGAUCUUUGGCCUGAAAGCCAUCAUGGGAACAGAAGAGUUGUGGCCCCUGCUUUUGGGCUUCACCAUCAUCCCAGCUGUCCUACAAAGCGCCGCCCUUCCUUUUUGCCCAGAGAGUCCUAGAUUCUUGCUCAUUAACAGAAAAGAAGAGGAGCGUGCUAAGGAGAUCCUCCAACGACUGUGGGGCACCCCGGAUGUGACUCAGGACAUCCAGGAGAUGAAAGAUGAGAGUGUCAGGAUGGCACAGGAAAAGCAACCGACGGUGCUGGAGCUCUUCAGAUCGCCCAGCUACCGGCAGCCCAUUAUCAUCUCCAUCAUGCUCCAGCUCUCCCAGCAGCUCUCUGGAAUCAACGCGGUGUUCUAUUACUCAACAGGAAUCUUCAAAGAUGCCGGUGUCCCGGAGCCAAUCUAUGCCACCAUUGGGGCGGGUGUGGUUAACACCAUCUUCACCGUCGUUUCUGUGUUUCUGGUGGAAAGGGCAGGGAGAAGGACUCUACAUAUGAUUGGCCUCGGAGGGAUGGCUGUCUGUUCCAUCCUCAUGACCAUCUCCUUGUUACUAAAGGAUGACUAUAAUUGGAUGAGUUUUGUCUGUAUCGCUGCUAUCUUGGUCUUUGUGGCCUUCUUUGAAAUUGGCCCAGGCCCCAUUCCCUGGUUUAUUGUGGCUGAACUCUUCAGCCAGGGACCUCGCCCAGUUGCCAUGGCGGUGGCUGGUUGUUCGAACUGGACCUCCAACUUCCUGGUUGGGCUGCUCUUCCCUUCAGCUGCAUUCUAUUUAGGAGCCUACGUUUUUAUCAUCUUUACCAGCUUCCUUGUUAUCUUCUUGGUCUUCACCUUCUUCAAAGUCCCUGAGACCCGCGGCAGAACUUUUGAGGAGAUCACACGAGUCUUUGAAGGGCAGGCCGCCAGAGGCGAGAAAGGCCCCAUUGCGGAGGCAAAUCCCAUCCAGCCCCCAAUGGAGACCGCCACCGAUGUCUAAGCCGCGCCUCCUCCCCGCCUCCCUCCCAACAUGGAAAAGCAACCUCUCCCCAGAGAAGGGAGAGACCUCAUCAGGUUGUUACCCAGGACUGUAUCUGAAUGCUGCUACUUGAGUUCUUUCUCUUCCCACACACUCCAUGAGCACUCAGAGGAGCCUGAUGCUGGACUUAGUUGUAUCUUCAAUGGCUUGUGAAACCUUUCAGUUCUUGGACAUGUCUCUUCUGUGGAGAAGAGACCAAGUGAACCUACCUUCACCUCAGGAGGAACUAGCCACGUGGCUUAUGACAGCGUUGCCAGCUCUUCCCCCCUCGGGUUCUACUCCGGCCUCACAAGGGCCUACGGGUGAGGAAGAGUGAGGUGCAGUUUCCCUGACUCCACACUUCCCAGGAAGCAGAUGUACAGGAGUGUGGAAGGCAGAGAAGGAUUCAAUUAGACCACCUUCCUCGCUUCCAUACAGCUCUGCAGAGCAAAUUAACUUGAGUUUUAUUUAUUUUCUCUUCUGGUUUUAUUGCAUAAAUAUUUAUUUUUAUAAGUGUAAAGUACUUUUACCAAAUAAUGAAAAUGCAAAGAUUGAGGUUAGAGGGAGGCGCUUAAGGAGAGGUUCAUAGGGUAGAAGAUUGGCUAUUGGGGAGGUCAAGGUGCAACGCAGAAGAUUCAGGGGAGAAAUGGAAUGUACUGUUGGAUGCUACGUGAUGGGGUGCCUGAAGGGUGCACGCUGCCUCUCAACGAUUUCUGUCCUUCAGGUGGAAAGUUUCAAGUUUGAUUUCUCAGAAAAGUCAUGUGCCUGUAUUAAGAAGCUACUGGUUACCUUUGGAACUGUUUUCUUUGGUUAAGAUGAUAUGUAGUGUUACUUGAAAUCUAGGGUUAUUACUAAGAUGGGCAUUGUAGUUAAUGGUGGUUAAUGGGUUCUAAUUUUGGUUGGAGUCCAGAGAAGGGAAGGCAGUUUCUGGAAAUCCUUUCUCCCUUCACUGGACCAAACAACUUCCUCCCUUUGUGGUGGAUUCACUUUUUUUUUUUUUUUUGUAUUUUGUUUUUUUAAUUAGCUCACUCCUAUCACCUGCCUGGUGGAAGAGCCUUCCAAAUGAGCCACCUGAAAUAUUGGUUGUUGGUAGAAGUUCAGUAUUCCUCCAUUUUAUUCUUUAGGAGAUUUUUGUUGUUAAUUUUUAUUUUGUUUUAAGCCAUAGCUUUAAAAGAAUUCAGGGGAGAAUGUUGGUAGCUAACUUGGAAUUUGUAACCUCAGCUCUGGGGGUGGGUUUUUUCCUGAACGAUUUUUAUCCAAUUGAAGCAUGUUGUUGCUUUAAAGUCAUCGCUUGCGUGUUCAUCUGUUGCCAUAUUUCCAUAGUGUUACAUCCAGGGCCCUUUGGGAGCCUGUACAUUUGAGACAGUCUGAGUAAAUGUGCAGUGUGGCCCACACUUGAGAGAGUAUGAAUGUAUGUGCACUGUCACUUUGCUCUGGGUAAAGGUAGUUUAUUGGUAAGUUGUUUCCUCCAUUUUCUACAGCCCCCUUUCAAAAAGAAUGUGUUAAAACUCAUCUCUGUAUAUAUAUAAAGAACACUGCCUUUGUUGGGUGGAAUUUGUAUCUAUGGUUUUCUUCCAAACUUUAGGGUUCAGUCUCAUCUGCCUACUUUUCCGUUUUGGAGAGUUCUGGGAGAAUUCCUUAAGGAGAUUGCUGGUGCAAGUGGGACUCAGACAGUGGGAGUAGGAAAGAAAUGUUAGAUCACGACAUGUGGCCUCUGGAGGUCGCUGGAAGGGAGUCAUGGGGGAGCGGGUGGCCUCUCUCUUUAAGGGGAUAAAGAAACAAACUGAAGACUUCUAACUCUGGAGCGUUUCCGAGAGAGUUGGAUGAGAUGGAGGAGUUUCUGCUUGCCCCGGGUCACGGACAUCUCCACAAAUCAUCUACUUUCCCAGUAUUUGAAUAAAUGGAGAUUGGACCCCAUGACAUUUACUCUGUCUUCCCUCUUUCAUAUGUUGCUUGAUCACCCUUUUCUCUCCUUGGUGCUUAUACAGUUCAGGCCCUUUAGCCAAACCUUUGCCUAUGACAGUAUUUUACUUCCCAGUUCUUACUGUCCCUCCG